UUUAAUCCCCAUUUGGGAGGCAGAGCGAGGCGGACGGAUUAGAGACGCAGCAUUCAGGCGGAUCGGCGCUCCGCGGCUCCAUCUUCUCUCCUCGGCGGCUCGUCCUGCUGCCGGAUGGAAAUCAGGGGAUCAGGAGAUCAAUGAGGCGACUGGAGGCUGCAGGAGGAGCAGAGGAGGAGCAGAGGAGGACCUGAAGAGGAGGACCUGAAGAGGAGGACCUGAAGAGGAGGACCUGAAGAGGAGGACCUGAAGAGGAUGCUCUGCGUCUGGAGCUGAGAAGCAGCGAGAUGUACGAGGAGGACAGCAGAAGUAGCGCCCGCAACGGCUACACCACAUCAGUGGAUGGAGAGGAGGGAGGAGAGGGGGAGGAGGAGGAGGGUGGAGAGGCGGAUGGAGGGGGAGGAGGAAGAGAGGAGGAGGAGGAGGAGAGGGAUGCAGAGUGGGACGAAGAGCUGGAUGGAGGAGAUGAAGGAGGCGUGAGGAUGACGAGGACCGACACGCUGCACUCCACCACCAGUUCCACUGGAACACAGAGAAGAAGAGGACAACACGCCAAGAAACAAGUGCAGGGCAGCAACCAGGUGCAGCGAGCUCCACGAGCGUUGUACUGUCUGAAACUCAACAACCCAAUCAGACGCGCCGCUCUUCAUAUCGUGGAGUGGAAACCGUUCGACAUCUUCAUCCUGCUGGCCAUCUUUGCUAACUGCGUGGCUCUGGGAGUCUCCAAACCGUUUCCUGAAGAUGACUCCAACUCCACCAACCAUGACCUGGAACAAGUGGAGUACGUCUUCCUCAUCAUCUUCACCAUAGAGACCUUCCUGAAGAUCCUGGCCUACGGUCUGGUGAUGCACCCCAGCUCCUACAUCCGCAACGGCUGGAACCUUCUGGACUUUGUCAUCGUCAUUGUCGGGUUGUUCAGCGUCGUCCUGGAGACCAUGACCCACAAGUCCAGCGGGGAGCAGGCGACCACCCACCACAUGCCAGGGAAGCCUGGAGGGCUGGACGUCAAAGCCCUGAGAGCCUUCAGGGUGCUGCGGCCCCUCAGGCUGGUCUCUGGAGUCCCCAGUUUGCAGAUCGUCUUGAACUCCAUCAUGAAGGCCAUGGUUCCUCUGCUUCACAUCGCCCUGCUGGUUCUCUUCGUCAUCAUCAUCUACGCCAUCAUCGGCCUGGAGCUCUUCAUCGGACGCAUGCAUCGGACCUGCUACUACAUGGGGACAGAUAAUUACGUGGAGGACGAACCGGUGCCCUGCGCCUUCGCCGGACACGGCCGUCAGUGCGCCGUCAACGGGUCCGAGUGUCGGGGGAGGUGGGACGGCCCCAACGGUGGAAUCACCAACUUUGAUAACUUCUUCUUCGCCAUGCUGACGGUGUUCCAGUGCAUCACGAUGGAGGGAUGGACCGACGUCCUGUACUGGAUGAACGACGCCAUCGGCUUCGAGCUGCCCUGGGUUUAUUUCGUCAGUUUGGUGAUUUUCGGCUCCUUCUUUGUCCUGAACCUGGUUCUGGGAGUCCUGAGCGGAGAGUUCAGUAAGGAGAGGGAGAAGGCCAAGGCUCGGGGAGACUUCCAGAAGCUGCGGGAGAAGCAGCAGAUGGAGGAGGACCUGUGCGGCUACAUGGACUGGAUCACCCAGGCGGAGGACAUGGACGAACUGGACGAGGACGGAAACCCAAGGCCGUCUCUGGGGGAUCUGUCUGAUAAGAAGAGGAAGUUUGGAUGGUUCAGCCACUCCAACGAUACCCACGCGAGUCUUCCAGCAAGUGAAACGGGUUCAGAGAACACGGAGAACAUCGAUGAAGAACAUACCAACUGCUGCCAGGCCUGCUGCGCGCGGGUGAUGAAGAUGGGCUGCUGCCGGACGUUGCGUCGCUGGAACCGAGUCUGUCGCAGGAACUGUCGCACCGCCGUCAAAUCCGUGACGUUCUACUGGCUGGUUCUCCUGCUGGUCUUUCUCAACACGUCCCUCAGCGCCUCCGAGCACUACAACCAGCCUGACUGGCUGACCCAGGUCCAGGACAUCGCCAACAAGGUGCUGCUGUCCCUCUUCACGGUGGAGAUGCUGCUGAAGAUGUACAGUUUGGGUCUGGCUCACUACUUCGUGGCGUUCUUCAACCGCUUCGACUGCUUCGUGGUGUGCGCCGGCAUCAUGGAGACCAUCCUGGUGGAGCUGGAGAUCAUGCCUCCUCUGGGGAUCUCCGUGCUCCGCUGCGUCCGCCUGCUGAGGAUCUUCAAGGUGACGCGCCACUGGACGGCGCUGUCCAACCUGGUGGCCUCCCUCCUGAACUCCAUGAAGUCCAUCGCCUCCCUGCUGCUCCUCCUCUUCCUCUUCCUCAUCAUCUUCGCUCUGCUGGGCAUGCAGCUCUUUGGAGGGAAGUUCAACUUCGACGAGACGCAGACCAAGCGCAGCACCUUCGACGCCUUCCCGCAGGCGCUGCUCACCUGCUUCCAGAUCCUGACAGGUGAAGACUGGAACGUGGUCAUGUAUGACGGCAUCAUGGCGUACGGCGGCCCCGUGUUCCCCGGCAUGAUCGUCUGCGUCUACUUCGUCAUCCUCUUCAUCUGCGGCAACUACAUCCUACUGAACGUCUUCUUGGCCAUCGCUGUGGACAACCUGGCAGGAGGAGAUGGAGACGACAAGAAUAAAGACAAGAAGAAGGAGAACGAGGCUGAGGCUGAGGAGGAGGCUGAAGGAGAGGUGAAGGUGGACAUGGAUGAAGAUACUGAGUAUGAGGAGGAAGAGGAGCUUCCAGAAGGAGAGGAUGAGGGAGGGGUCCAGCUGAAGAUGGCGGAUCUUGCACCUCCUAAGGAGAAGGUUCUUCCCAUCCCAGAAGGCAGCGCCUUCUUCUGCCUCAGCAAAACAAACCCGAUCCGUGUCGCCUGCCACACCCUCAUCCAUCACCACAUCUUCACCAACCUCAUCCUCGUCUUCAUCAUCCUCAGCAGCUGCUCAUUGGCUGCCGAGGACCCAAUCAGAGCGCACUCCUUCAGGAACAACAUUCUGGGUUAUGCAGACUACGCCUUCACGUCUAUCUUCACCGUGGAGAUUCUGCUGAAGAUGACGGUCCAUGGCGCCUUCCUCCACCAGGGCUCCUUCUGCAGAAACUGGUUCAACCUGCUGGACCUUCUGGUCGUCAGCGUCUCGCUCGUCUCCUUCUUUCUGCACUCCAGUGCCAUCUCGGUGGUGAAGAUCCUUCGUGUCCUCAGGGUGCUUCGACCUCUGAGAGCCAUCAACAGAGCCAAAGGACUGAAGCACGUGGUCCAGUGUGUGUUUGUGGCCAUCAGGACCAUCGGGAACAUCAUGAUCGUCACCACGCUGCUGCAGUUCAUGUUCGCCUGCAUCGGUGUCCAGCUCUUCAAGGGUAAAUUCUACCGCUGCACUGAUGAGGCCAAAAGCACUCCGGAACAGUGCAAAGGGACCUUUGUGGUCUACAAGGACGGAGAUGUGAGCCACCCCAUGGUCAGGCAGCGCAUCUGGCUCAACAGCGACUUUAACUUUGAUAACGUGCUGAUGGGGAUGAUGGCGCUCUUCACCGUGUCCACCUUUGAGGGCUGGCCUGCGCUGCUCUACAAAGCCAUCGACGCCAACGGAGAGAACUCCGGUCCAAUCUACAACUACAGAGUGGAAAUCUCCAUCUUCUUCAUCGUCUACAUCAUCAUCAUUGCCUUCUUCAUGAUGAACAUCUUCGUAGGUUUUGUCAUCAUCACCUUCAGAGAGCAAGGAGAGCAGGAGUACAAGAACUGUGAGCUGGACAAGAACCAGCGUCAGUGCGUGGAGUACGCCCUGAAGGCUCAGCCGCUGAAGCUCUACAUCCCAAAGAACCCGGUUCAGUACAAGUUCUGGUCCAUCAUCAACUCGACGGGCUUUGAGUACGUCAUGUUUGUCCUGAUCCUGCUCAACACCGUCACGCUGGCCGUUCAGCACUACGAACAGUCCAAGACCUUCAGCGACGUCAUGGACAUCCUCAACAUGGUCUUCACCGGACUCUUCACGGCCGAGAUGCUGCUGAAGCUGCUGGCUCUCAGACUGCGGCACUACUUCGUGGAUGCCUGGAACUCCUUCGACGCUCUGAUCGUGGUUGGCAGUGUGGUGGACAUCGUGGUCACCGAGUUCAGCAGCGGCGAGGACAGCUCCAGGGUAUCCAUCACCUUUUUCCGCCUGUUCCGAGUGAUGCGAUUGGUCAAGCUGCUGAAUAAGGGGGAGGGGAUUCGUACGCUGCUGUGGACAUUCAUCAAAUCACUGCAGGCGCUGCCGUACGUCGCUCUGCUCAUCGCCAUGAUCUUCUUCAUCUACGCCGUCAUCGGCAUGCAGACGUUUGGGAAGAUAGCGAUGCAGGAUUACACUCAGAUCAACAGGAACAACAACUUCCAGACGUUCCCUCAGGCGGUUCUCCUCCUCUUCAGGUGUGCCACAGGUGAGGCCUGGCAGGAGAUCAUGCUGGCCAGUCUCCCAGGUAAACGCUGUGACCCGGAGUCGGACUACGAACCUGGAGAGGAGUUCAGCUGCGGCAGCAACUUCGCCAUCGUUUACUUCAUCAGCUUCUUCAUGCUGUGUGCUUUCCUGAUCAUCAACCUGUUUGUUGCCGUCAUCAUGGACAACUUUGACUAUCUGACGCGUGAUUGGUCCAUCCUGGGGCCGCAUCACCUGGAUGAAUUCAAGAGGAUCUGGUCGGAGUAUGAUCCAGAGGCUAAAGGUCGCAUCAAACAUCUGGAUGUUGUGGCUCUGCUGCGGAGGAUCCAGCCUCCUCUGGGAUUUGGGAAGCUCUGUCCACACCGAGUGGCCUGUAAGCGCCUGGUUGCCAUGAACAUGCCUCUGAAUGCCGAUGGGAUGGUGACCUUCAACGCCACGCUCUUCGCUCUGGUCCGCACGGCGCUCAAGAUCAAGACAGAAGGUAACCCUGACCAGGAGAAUGAGGAGCUGAGGGCGAUCAUCAGGAAGAUCUGGAAGAGGAUGAAGCCCAAGCUGCUGGAUGAAGUCAUUCCUCCCCAUGAAGAGGAGGAAGUCACAGUCGGCAAGUUUUACGCAACUUUCCUCAUUCAGGAUUAUUUCAGGAAGUUCAGGAAAAGGAAGGAGAAAGAAAAUGUAGUUGGAGAGUCCGACUCUACGAAUCCGUCUGCUGUUCAGCUGUGUAAGGCUGGUCUGAAGACCCUGCAGGACCUGGGUCCAGAGAUGCGUCUGGCCCUGAAUGAAGACCUGGAGGAGGAUGAGGAGGUCCUGAUGGAGGGCGAGGAGCUGGAGAACAACGCUGGAUAUAAGACGGAAAACGGAUGUGGAGUGGAGAAUCGACGAGGCUCCAUACUGACACCUACUGGUGAUGGUGGGAUUUCUAACGGCAGUCUCAUCCACCGAGUCGGCUCUCUGACCAGGCAGGCCAACGGAAACGAGCACGAUGAGCAUCUUCGCCGCGGCGACAGUAUGAGGUCAUCGGUCAGUCAUCAUCGCCGGCCGUCCGUGAAGAACAGCCUGUCGGACCACGGCCAGAAGAGACCGUCAUACCACAAAUACGGAAGGAGAGACUCCAGAGACAGGUCGUGGAGGAAUGGAGACGUGGAGAUGUACGGAGAGCAGGGUUACUACAGCAGGGAGGAGGACAACGAGAGCAUCACCUCCAGAGACAGACACUACCCUGACGAUCCCUCGCCGUACCAGGACCACCACGACGGACACGCGCCGUACGCCAACGGCAGCUAUGGCGACGGUUACAGCGAGGGCAGGAGGACGACUCGAAGACGCCUGCUGCCUGCCACGCCCACAGGUCGCAAACCGUCCUUCAACAUCCAGUGUCUGAGGCGGCAGGGCAGCAGUGACGACCUGCCCAUUCCCGGCACGUACCACCCGACUUCCCCGCCACGCCGCACACGGCCGCAGCAGGCCUACAACAGCUACGACUCCGCCGGGCGCUCGGCGGCGACCGCCUCGGCUUCCUGGGCCAAGCCGUGUCCUCGCCGCGGCCGCCUCCUCUACGCUCCGCUCAUCCUGGUGGAGGAGGAGGGCAGCCCCCCCUGGGGGGGGGCACUGGGUGCUGAGGGGAAGAACGGCGGCGCAGCAAGAGGAGCAGCGGAGGGACCGCCCUGGUACGGCGGACCUGCUGGCAAAUGUGCUCCGCCCCCCUACAGGGCGUACACCACCCUCAGGGUUCCCUCGCAGCUCGGGAGUCCGUUCGCAGAGAAGCGGGGAUCUGCUGACAGCCUGGUGGAGGCGGUUCUGAUCUCCGAAGGACUCGGCCUCUACGCUCGGGAUCCCAAAUUCGUUGCGUUUGCAAAGCGUGAGAUCGCAGACGCGUGUCACAUGACGGUGGACGAGAUGGAGUCCGCCGCCAGCGACCUGCUGAGCUCCGGGAGCCACGACUUCCUGAACACCAUCGGCGACGACUCCGCGGCGCUCUACAGCGACGAGGAGCCAAUCAGGACGAGCCGCGACGAGGAGGAGCUGGCCGACGAGAUGGCCUGUGUGACCUCGUUCUGAGGAUCUGACCAAUCAUGAGGAGCGGGGGUGUCCGCAGGAGUCAUACUGCCAACGGUGGCCAAUAAGAUAGAGGGGGCGGAGCUUAUUCAAAGGUGCUGACCAAUGGCAGAAGCGUGCAGUAGGAGAGCGAAUUACACGACAGCGCAGGAAACGUAAAAAAUUAGCCAGAUACAAUGAGUAAGAUGGAGAAGGAGAAGGAAGAACAUUAGGAGGCAAGGAAGGAAGGAAGGAAGGACUCCUGAGAGGAAGGAAGGAAACACGAAGACCUGAACAGAAAAGCAUGUUUCAGCAGUUCUGAGCUGCUAAAAGUCUGAAAACAUCGAGCUCCUCCAGGCCAACUGGAGCUGACCUGAUGAUGAAGAAGCUGCCUGGUCCCUGGUUAGAGGGCAGGUGGGGGGGCAAGGCGUAAAGCCUCAAAGACCAUCAGACCAGCUGGUGUCCUCAGAUCAGGAGAUCUGAUGGUUGACCACUUUGUCCAAAACCAUCCACGGCUGAAAUCUACUGGAGUGGAUGACAAUGUGGGCGUUCCUGCUCACGCUGAGCUCUGAUUGGACAGAAAACAGGAAGUUCCCCCACAGUGGGAGACACACUGGCUGGAAGAAGACAGAAAUACUUAAGAGCCAAAAGGUUCUGAUUAUUUCACUGGGUCGAACCCGCCGCUCACUCUGGGUAGAAAUCCCUUAAACUUAAACUGUGGUUGUGGAAAAACGUUUUCCACUUUAAUUAGAUUUUGUUUUAUAUUCCCAGCACACUGCUCACUACGGAGUUUUGGUCCUUUCAGAGGAUUCCCAACACUGUGGGCGGAGCCACAAAACUAAAACUGACCAAUAUUAGCAUUAAAAGGCUGGAUUCAGUGAUUCAGAGCCGGAAAAUAAGUGGAAAAAGUCUAAAAAACAAUCAAUGACGGCCACACUGAAAACUUCAUUAGGAUUUAAUCUGUUUACAUAUUCAAGCUGUAGUGUAAUGAUGUUUUUAAAAGAAUUUGGGUUUGUCUCCAUCUUGUUCUGGUCAGAUCAAGAUUAUUUUCUGUUUAUGACACAAGGACAGAUUGAGGAAAAAAUAAGGUUCUUAAAGGAAAAUCUUCCCAGUUAAACAAAUCUUUAUUUAAUUGAAAAUUACAAAUCUAAAUAGAAACGUGUAAAAAACGGGCAAAUUAUUCUAUAAAAACAGGAAAACAGAAAUUAAAAUGAGGAUUUCACUUUAACAGACCAAACUGUUUUCUUAAUAAAUUAUGAGCGUUUAGAUUUUAAUUUGCGAAUCUGUGAUUUGUUUAAAAGGAAAUGACGGUUUCCCUCAGGACUGGACCAGAACUGAACCAGAACCAGAACUGAUGCUGAUGAAUGCUGAGUUUCUAAAAUGAAGGAUGGAUUCUGAGUUUCUGUGGGAGCUGAUGAAGAUGAUGAAGAUGAUGUCAGUGGGUUUUACAGCUUUAAUGCUGUUUCUACUGUCAGCAGACCAACUGAGCACAUUUAGUCUCUUUAACCACAGAAUCUGAGGCGUUUUUCUACAUGUGAUUUUUUUUUUAAUUCUCACCAUGGACUGUUUAGUCCAGUUUCUCGUCUGAACGCUCUCCCCUCCAGCCUGUUGGACUCUUUCCCAGCACUCAUUAAGGGCUUUUUAUUCCUGGUUCCUGCUCAGAUGUCGAGGAGCUGCUCUGCCUGAACCCCGUUUCCCUUCCAAUAAAGAUCCAGAUGGAGCCUCUG